UAACGGCAUAUGGAACACUUGUAAUGGCGUAUUUUUACGUUUAACAACAACACGUGUUUCCAGAUAUAGUCGUAGUUCACAUUGUUCAAUAAUAUUACAAUUAUAGAUUUUUAUAAUCAAAUGUAAAAAAAAUAAAGAAAGCCAAUUACAAUAUGGCAUCUAUUUCAAAUCUGAUUCAAGUCAAGUCAGAAGCUGUUGACUUCAUAGAUAUUGAAGCAAAAAUUGUUGAUCUUUGCAAAUCAAAUCUAAAGGGAAUAGUUGAUAGCGAUGUAAAAGCUGCACUUCACGAUGUUUCGACUCAACAAUAUGUUAAAGCAAUUAAUCGCCUUUUAUCUACAGGUCAAAUUGAGCUUCUUAAAAGUGGUACUAAACUUCUAUACAAAUACAAAGACAGUCAAGCUGCAAGCAAAACUAAAGGAUUUGAAGCUGAAGAAAAAUUGAUUUAUCAGGUUAUUGAAAGUUCUGAUAACAAAGGAAUAUGGAUUCGUGAUAUUCGCUUUAAAUGUAACCUUCCAAUGACACAAGUGAACAAAGUUUUAAAAAAUCUUGAAAGUAAAAAGUUAAUAAAAUCAGUAACAUCUGUCGGGGCUGGGAAAAAAAAGGUGUACAUGUUGUACAAUAUGGUACCAGAUACAUCUGUUACAGGAGGUGCUUGGUACAGUGAUCAGGACUUUGAGGCAGAGUUUGUUGACAUUUUGAAUCAACAAUGUCAUAAAUUUUUGUUACAAAAGCUGCAACAAGCACAAGAAAUGAAGAUUGAUCCAUUGCUACAACGAAAUCGUUCAUAUGCUUCUUCGCAUGAAGUCUGGAAAUACAUUUCGGAUCUUGGAAUUAGUAAGGUAUCCUUGACUAUCAAAGAUAUUGAAACAAUCCUUAGUACUUUGCUCUAUGAUGGGAUGGCUGAAAUGAUUAUUGUAUCAGAUUCGUCAAUGGAUAAUAUUGAAUCUGGAGUGAUUCAAAAAAAGUUAUAUCGAGCUGUUAAACCAUUAUUACCUGUGACGGGCCUAAUGAGAAUACCGUGUGGCGUUUGUCCGGUUGUCAAAAAUUGUUAUCCAGGGGGCUUGGUUUCACCUCAAACAUGCGUUUACAUAAAAGAAUGGCUUGACUAAAUUAUAAUAUUUUAAUAUUAAUAUUUGAUUAAUAAAAACUGACUUGAAUGCAAGACUAUAAUUGAAUUAAGUUUUGUCGGCAAGAAAA